GCUCGAUUUCCAGGGUCUCCUUGUAAGCCACCCCGCUGUGACUGACAGCCCGAGCUCUCAGUGGAUCCUCCUUCCUCCAGCCCUCUGCUCUCAUCUCCUCUCUCGCUCUCUCUCUCUCUCUCUCUCUCCCUCAUUCUUUCAGCUUGUGUAACUUUGUACACAGGGAUGCUGGCGCACAGUGCAGCCUGAAAAUGGGUUUACUAUGGAUAUAUCCUUCUCUGCUCACUCUUCACUUGCUAACACCAAACCAGGCCUUAAGGACUUACCCUGACAAUGAAGUGACAUUGCUGGACUCAAUGUCGGCGCUUGGAGACCUGGGCUGGGUGGCAUAUCCGUCUGAAGGGUGGGAGGAGAUCAGCGUGAUGGACGAGAGGAACACGCCCAUGCGCACCUACCAGGUGUGCAACGUGAUGGAAGCCAACCAGAACAACUGGCUUCGCACCAGCUGGAUCCCCCGAGAUGGCGCCCAGCGCGUCUACAUCGAGAUCAAGUUCACUCUGCGCGACUGCAACAGCUUGCCAGGCGUGCCGGGCACCUGCAAAGAGACCUUCAAUAUGUACUUCUACGAGUCUAACAACAGCAACCUGUGGUUCAUCAAGGAGAGCCAGUACGUCAAAAUAGAUACCAUCGCGGCAGAUGAGAGUUUCACUCAAGUGGACGUAGGGGACAGAGUGAUGAAACUCAACACCGAAGUGCGGGAUAUCAGCCUCUUGAGCAAGAAAGGUUUUUACCUGGCCUUUCAGGAUGUGGGGGCCUGCAUUGCCUUGGUUUCAGUCAGGGUCUUCUACAAGAAAUGCCCCCUCACAGUGCGGAACUUGGCGCAGUUUCCCGACACCGUCACUGGAGGUGACUCUGCCCUGGUGGAGGUCCGCGGAUCAUGCGUCAACAGCUCAGAGGAGUUUGACACGCCGAAAAUGUACUGCAGCGCCGACGGUGGCUGGCUGGUUCCCAUCGGUCGCUGUGUCUGCAAGCCCGGGUUCGAAGAGCGCAAGGACAUCUGUCAACCUUGCCGACCUGGUUUCUACAAAGCUUCAGCCAUGGAUGCCUACUGUGUGAAAUGCCCACCUCACAGCUACUCAAGCCUGGACAGUGCUUCAGAAUGCGUCUGUGAAAAAGGUUACUACCGGGCAGAGACAGACCCCAGGUCUAUGGCCUGUACAAGACCACCAUCUGCUCCAGAAAACCCAAUCUCCACCAUUAACGAGACGUCAGUUACCCUGGAAUGGAGCCCUCCCCGUGAGAAUGGGGGUCGAGGGGAUGUCAGCUAUAGUGUCCACUGCAGGAAGUGCUCCAGUGAUGGCAGGAAGUGCAGCCCCUGUGGUAGUGGCCUUCACUUUGUCCCGCGGCAGUUCGGCCUCUCCUAUUCCAAAGUGCUCAUCACGGACCUUCUCCCCCAUACAAACUACACCUUUGAUAUUGAGGCAGUCAACGGGGUCUCAGACCUGAGCCCCAGCCCCAAACAAUGCAUAUCUGUCAAUAUCACCACAAGCCAAGCAGUAAGUGUGAUUCUGAAAGAGAGGAAAAGCAAAGAUAGCAUCACCCUGGCAUGGCAAGGACCGGAGCGAGCCAACGGCGCCAUAGUGGAAUAUGAAGUGAUCUACUAUGAAAAGAAUCAAAGAGACCAGAAUUACACUGUUUUGAAGACUAAGUCCAACAGCAUGACAGUAGAUGGGCUGAAACCAGGUACUACGUAUGUGUUCAGGGUCCGUGCACGCACCGAUGGAGGCUAUGGAAACUAUGGGGGAGAAAUCGAGCUGGAGACCAGCCAUGAAGACAUGCUUGCGAUCGGAGACCCAAAUCAGCCCACCAUCCUCGCAGUGUCAAUUGCAGGGGGGAUAGUGCUGCUCAUAUUCCUGGUAGCGUGCUUUGUUGUCAGUGGAAGGCAUUGUGGCUACAUCAAAGCGAAACAAGAUCCAGAUGAGGAAAAACUGCAAUUCCAACAUGGUCGAGUGAAGCUGCCUGGGAGCAGGACUUACAUACACCCACACACUUACGAAGACCCCAAUCAGGCUGUCCGAGAUUUUGCUAAGGAGAUUGAGGCAUCUAGUAUUCGAAUUGAGAGGGUAAUAGGAGCCGGCGAGUUUGGGGAGGUGUGCAGUGGUCGCCUAAAGCUGCCCAGCAAGCGGGAGAUUAACGUGGCUAUCAAGAGCCUGAAAGCCGGCUAUUCGGACAAGCAGAGGCGGGACUUCCUGAGCGAGGCCAGCAUCAUGGGUCAGUUCGACCACCCCAACAUUAUCCGACUGGAGGGAGUCGUGACCAAGUGCAAGCCAGUAAUGAUCAUAACAGAAUUCAUGGAGAAUGGAUCCUUAGAUUCCUUCCUUAAGAAGCAUGAUGGACAGUUCACAAUGAUUCAGCUGGUUGGAAUGCUGAGAGGCAUUGCCUCUGGAAUGAAGUACCUGUCUGACAUGAACUAUGUACACAGGGACCUUGCAGCCAGGAAUAUUCUUGUUAACAGUAACCUUGUGUGUAAGGUGUCUGAUUUUGGCCUAUCCAGAGUGCUGGAGGAUGACCCAGAGGCUGCCUAUACUACAAGGGGUGGGAAAAUACCCAUCAGAUGGACUUCUCCAGAGGCCAUUGCCUACCGCAAGUUUACUUCAGCCAGUGACGCCUGGAGUUAUGGCAUCGUCAUGUGGGAGGUGAUAUCAUAUGGGGAGCGACCGUACUGGGAAAUGUCCAAUCAAGACGUAAUAAAAGCAAUAGAUGAGGGCUACCGCUUGCCUGCACCCAUGGACUGCCCAGUCGUGCUGCACCAGCUCAUGCUGGACUGCUGGGAGAAGGGGCGCAGCGACAGGCCCAAGUUCGGUCAGAUCGUCAACACCCUCGACAAGCUGAUCCGAACCCCCAGCAGCCUGAAGCAAUUAGCCAACAGUUCAGUGUGGCAAGACCCUACGACACCAGACUUCACUGUCAGCACUGUUGAAGAAUGGCUGGACGCUAUCAAGAUGGGCCAAUACAAGGACAACUUUUCCUCAGCGGGCUACGUCUCGCUGGAGUCAGUGCUGUACAUAAGCAUCAGCGAGCUGGGUAAACUGGGGAUUACAUUAGCCGGCCAUCAGAAGAAGAUCCUCUCCAGUAUAGAGAGCCUCCAGACACAAGGAACACAUCUUCAAGUAUAACAUUACAUCACCUAGCGAUAUGGUACUCAAAGAACAAACACUAAAUGAACUCAACAAGAUGCUUGUUAUUCCUAAUUAACAGCUUCACCAAUCAAACUGUUCUGGAUAUAACUCGUCUUCAGCACUCUGGCUUCCAUGCACUUAAAGCCCCAGUAAUAAAAGGAGUAAAAGGCUGAUCUAUAGUAGGUCUUUCUGAAGACUUCCAAGGAAAGGACUCUAAAUCUCACCGUUAUGGAAAUUGGUGUAUCAUAGAAUGUGCAACACAUUGCCUUUAAUUUCUUUUAAAUUUUGAAUCAAGCUAAAAGAGUCCAGGAGAUCCCUGCCCAAUUCUUUGUAUUCAAGAGUGCACACAAGUGCAGCUUAACUAGUUAUCCUGAAUUGGACCUUAUUUCAUAACCUGAUCGCACCAGAUGGCCCCGGUUCUGAGUAUCGGAGAAGUGGUAAUUUGCUCCCAGAGAAGGAUUCUUGGUUCUGCUAUUACAAAUUAAAGGUGUUUAUAGCGGCAUGAAUGGAGAGAGUCAUUGGUAGCUGUUUUUGUAUCUGGUUUAUAGAACUUCUGAGAGGGACAUGCUCAGAAGUCCUUGUUAAGCAUUGCUACCUGGUACUAUAAAUAAUUAGGAUGAAAGCAGGAGGUUCUACAUGUACUCUAUAAACUAAUGAAAUGUGAGAAAGAAAAACUGAAACAGUAGUAUGUAUCUUUAAAGCUGGAUUUUACAAUAGUGAGUUUUUUUUUUUUUUUUAAUUGAAGUUGUAUGCCAUGUUGUCUAUAUUGCAGUGCUUUCAUAUUACCAGCCACACCACCUCAAUUACGUCUUCACUGCACAACAGUUUCUCAACUAAUAUGAAUUAAAGGGAAUGUAUAUAAAUGAUAAAACCCCUACCAAAAUCACAUAUUCCUGAGACCCUGAAACAUCUUAUUACCCAGAACCGGUAUGGUUUACAAGUGUUCAGUUCAGCAAUCAUAACAAUAACUGUAACAGUAAUUAAAAAAAAAAAAAAAAAAACUUAUCAGGGUAGUUCACCUUCCUUAGAUAUCUGCAACAUAUGGAAAUGGUCAUAGUUUACAGUUGCAUUACUCUGAAGAGCUGACAGACUAUGCAUCACAGUGCUCUCAGUUAAAGUUUCUUCCUUAUAGAAGCAUUAGCAAUCACAGUUAUGUACCUGGUUUAUUCACGGUUGGAUCUCUUAUUGUCAAAAGAAGUUUGGCUGUACCAAAUUAUAAAACUCGGAUUGCAAGACUACUGAUAAAAGUAAUGACAAGUAACAUAUGAUUGUGUUGCUAAUUUCAGUGUCAUCAGUAUAGAAAUCCUGGGGACUGUUGGAUGGGGCUGAUUAGUUAAGAUAUGAACCAGGAAUGACUGCACCUGCCACUGUGUCAGCACGGUGUGCUGAUGCAACAUGGUCUAGAUGUGACAGGGCCUUUCUUGCUAAUAAGAAUUUCUGCUCAGUGAGCUACCAAAAUGUCCUUAAAAAAAUCUAUUAAUGUAAAUAAAUCAUCAGACCCCAAAUGAAAUUAAAUAAAGACAAGAGGCUCCACUGCAACAACACAGACAUCUUGUAGAUCCAGUUUUGGUUGCUAUUAAUCUCCUUUUUGACUAAAAUCUAAUAGUCGAAUCCACGUGCGAUCAUGGUCUUGUGGCAGGUCUAACUGUAGUCCUUAUCCAGUAAUAGAUAUAAAGUCUUACCACUACACCAACUUUAUAAGCAUGCAGUGAAAUGAGGCUGGAGAAUUCAAUACAUGAAUGGAAGUGAUGUCAGGUUAUUGAAACGGGAAAAUGACGCUUGACACUGUACUUACAUGUAUAUGUGUUUACGUUUUGUAUCUUAAAAGUAAACCCACAAGGUACUGUAGCUCCUUAUGUUUUUCUAGGUUCUUCUAUAGAUUUGAACUAAGAAUCAAAAUGAGUGCUGUCUUCUUUUUUAUUACUAUAACAGCACACAGAUAUUAACAGACUAAAAAAAAAAAUUGUACCAUAUUGUAAAAAAAAAAAAACAUGUACAGUGUUGUUGAUCAAAAACCAUAGAAUGUGUAUAAUUAUUAACUUUUAUUUAGAAAAACAGAUUUCCACUAAAAAAGGACACACAAAUACUUAUUUAUUAUGAAAGUAUUGAUGAGGCAUGUUGAUUUAGGAAGCCAUUUUGGGAGACAGCUUUCACUGACUUUACAGACAAGGAUAAACUAUACAUUAUACUAUACAAGGCUGCAAAAACAUUAUUAAUACAAAGCAGCUGUCACUGCUCAGCUGGUCCACCCAAAGAUCCAAAAUCUUCAAUCUGGAAUAUUUCGAAUAUAUAAUAUCAUAGUGCCCUUUUGUUGACAAAAUGUUAGAAUUACUUAAAAUAAUGAUCCUUGUAGAAAAUAUUGUGCAGUAUCGAAAUGUAAGUGUUUAUAAAAACAAUCUUCUGUGAAUACUUUGGUCUUUUACUGUUUAUGCAAGCAAACAGAAUUCAAACAAAAAUAAAGCUGGGGGGGGGGGGGGGGCUCCCAAGUGGCGCAUCCAGUAAAAGCACUCGCGUAGAGUGCAGGAUGCGCCCUAUAGUCUGGACGUCGCGAGUUCGAGUCCAGGCUAUUCCUUUGCCGACCGAGGACGGGAGCUCCCAGUGGGCGGCGCACAAUUGGCCAAGCGUCGCCCGGGGGGAGGGAGGGUUAGUUUGGCCAGGGUGUUCUCGGCUCACCGUGCACCAGCGACCCCUGUAGUCUGGCCAGGCGCCUGUGGCCUGCCUGUAAGCUGCCCAGAGCUGCGUUGUCCUCCAGCACUGUAGCUCUGGGUGGCUGCAUGGUGAGUCUGCAGUGUGAAAAGAAGCGGUCGGCUGACGGCACACGCUUUGGAGGACAGUGUGUGUUCUUCUUCGCCCCUCCCGAGUCAGCGCAGGGGUGGUAGCAGUGAGCUGAGCUAAACAAAAAUAAUUCAACACUAUUAAAAUGGGGAGAAAACAACAAAAAAACUAAUUGGCGACUACGAAAUAAUAAUUUUAAAAAAGUCAGUUACAUUUGUUGGGAAAUCUGAAUGUAGAAGAAUAAACUUGUCAGAUAAAACAUUUUUAGAUCAAUGUAGACUCCAAAAGGAGCCACUGUUGCACCCUAUCUUGUGUAUCUUGUAAAAUAUUCCAGAAACAAUUACAAGGAUUACCAUUACAUUAAAGCUCAGUUAUGCUUCACUAAAUUGGAUGAAGACUAUCUGUGUGUGGCUGUGAAAUAUUAUAUUCAUCUGGCUUAUUUGUGGGCAAUUGAGCAAUCUGUGGAAUGGAUGCAGAUUUCCCUAAAUAAAAAGCAGGCUCAUAACAAAUUUACCAGCUGCUGUAAAGGCCAAGGGUCUAAUAAUUGUGAGAAAUGCAUAGUGUGCGUAAAAUGAUCUGCUCUAGGUUUCAACUGAGACGAGUCAAGGUCUGCUACCAUGAGCCACUAUAAAUGUAUGCAGUCCUGGAAAUUGUGCUGAUAAUGUUGAAGCUGAAAGCUUUAUUUUAUGCAUCCAGUUUUAUUUUCGAACCCAAUCACCAGCUGUAAACUUGUAUGCUUCCUCAAUUUUAUUAAGAAAUAAAAUGUGCUAUGCUCAUGUGUUGAGUGCUCAUAGCCCCUUUCUUUUAACCUUGGAGAGAUGGGAACAAAUGAGAAGAACUUGUCCCUAGCCAGAACUCUUGAUUAAAACAACAACAACAACAACAACAACAACAACAACAACAACAACAACAUAAGCUGAGUCAACACCAAAGCAACUCUACAACCAAGUUGUUGGUAACCACUGAAACCUGUUACGCAUGGUGGGCAGAAAUAGCAUACUCCGGAACAGGACACUUGCCGUACAAGUUGUUUGAAAGUGGGAUCCCGCUCCAUCCUUCUGAUAUACACCCCUAAACAAUAUGUUGUGCUUCCAAAGACGGUAGGUGUGGACUUAGCUUCAGAUAUAACACCUGUACAACUUAGAAACAAUGUCUUGUUUGGCAGAUUUGUACGGUCUCAUCAGAGGACGAAGCAUCAAUGUUAUACAUGAUAUUUAUAACUUACAAGAGAUUAGAAUUGUAUUAAAGGAGUGGAAAAGGGGGUGCAUACUUUAUUUACAGACCUUUCUUCAAAAUAUACGAGUAUAAAAUCAUCCCACUCGACCAUAAUUGUAUGGCUAGCUGACCUUCCAAGACAGAGUAACAAAGAUUACUUUCAGUGCCAUAGUUGGGAAAAAAAAGUGUAAUGUUGUAAUAGAUUAGCAUUACUGGUAGAAUGCUGGUAACCCCGUCAUUUCUGUGCUGUUUUAUUUUGUAUUUUGGUUAUUAAAGCUUGCUGAAAAACUGUCAAGUUGAUAAUAAAGACAAGAUGAAACCCCAGGCUCUGUUCUGUCACUAUUGUAAAGGUUUCCUGCUCAUUAAUUUGGGGAGUUUGGUUCUCUGUUUUGUUGUAACUUGUGGACAUUUGUUCAUCCAUGGCUGGCUUGUACAUGCUAGCUAAAGGUGUGUUCAUUUUGAACUUCAUGUUGCAGUAAUAAAUAUGCUAAUAUUUUUUAUUUCUCACCUGAA